AUGAACACAGCGGGCACUAUCAUUUUGUACUCUGGCGACAGAGCCUACGAGGACUACGACACACCCGUCAAAGGUCGGGUCCACUUCAAUUCGCCCGAUCCGAAGAACGGCGACGCCUCAAUCAACGUCCUAACGGUGAAGUCGACGGACACUGGCACCUACCAGUGCAAAGUGAAGAAGGCCCCUGGUGUCCGCAACAAGAAAAUGCAGCUGCAUGUUAUGGAGAAGCCAUCCAAGCCCAGGUGCUACACUGAGGGCUCCACACAUGAAGGCAAAGACGUUGUGCUGAGGUGCACAUCUGAAGCAGGAAGCAAACCCAUGAAAUACAGCUGGGAGAAGACUACUGGCAGCAAAGUGCUGCCCGCCUCCUCAGUGCUGGAUCCUGUGUCAGGCACAGUCAACGUGAAGAAUGCAUCUGCCAGUGCAUCUGGCACGUAUCGCUGCACCGCUACCAAUCGCGUUGGCGCAGAGCAGUGUGUGCUCGAUCUCAGCGUGACAGCUAGUGAGUACCCAACCAUCUUAAUUAGCGUCUAUUCAGCCCAUUUCACAUGUAGAGCUUUCUGUGUUCUGGUACAACUAUUACUUAUUCUACUGACUCUGUUUGUUGUCUAAACGUGCUGCUCUCUGUUUCCCCCCCUCAGAGAGGACGUGCCGCCUCCCAAGAGUCGCGCUUCAACCGCUCGAAGCUUCACCGUGGCCAGCCAGCGCUCCUCACUGGGCUCCAUGUCGCCUUCCAACCUGCACGAGUACGCCCUGAAGCCUCAGUACGACAAGAUCCCCUCGUCAGAGGAGUACGACAGGCCUCCGAGCCAGGCUCCGGCGCCGCCGCCCUCGGCCGGCAGGAUGGCCGGCUACAACCUGAGUCGCAUGGGGGGCAUCCCUGUCAUGGUUCCUGCCCAGACGAGGGACGGUUCGAUCGUCUAGCAGAUCGUCUUCACGGGAACGGACUGUGCAAAGACGGGAUUGAACGGAAGGAAGUGGGACAAAAGCUGGGACGGAUGCACUCGCCUGAUUUUGAGCUCUUUAUUAUUUACAUACGGGGAUAUUCUCUGCGUACGGAGACCCGGCUCUGCUGUGGUGCUGAGGUGUACGCAACACAGUAAAUGAAGUUUUUAUCAAAUGCAAAAACAAACAAAAAACUUUUAUGAAUUUUGUCUGGACGUAAAGUUAGCGUGGGUAUAAAGCAGAGCGGCGAAGUAAAUAAAUAUCUAUUGUAUAUAUGCAUGUUUUUUUGUUUAGUUUCUGUUUCCUGUCUGAUUUUAAACAUACGUGGCCCCUGCUGUAGAGACGUGCUGUAUGUUUAAAACACAUCCAGGCCCCUGGAUGGCCUGCUGUACAGCUGUAUGCAUGCAUGUAUAAGAUUACAGCUGUGUGUGUGAGCGUGUGUGUGUAAGGCAGUAUAAGUUUCUUUCAUUUACUUUCUUUAAAAUACUAAAUAAUUUGAUCCAUCUUCACUCCUGAUGAUGAGACUUCAGCGUAAAACCUCCGAGACGCUCGUCACAGAUCUGCUUUAAUCCCUGCACCGAGUGCACCAACUGCUUAUGUGGGUCAGCCGUUUUCUUUCCGACGCUUCUUCUGUUGUUUGAAUUGUCCACUGUGGGGUUGGCUGGGGAUUUGAGGGUGGACGGGAUUGGCUGGCAGCGAGGGGGAGGUUCAGCCGAGCAGAUCUUGCGAUUGGGUGUGUUAUUGCUUCUUGAGCGAGCUUGAAAAGGAGCAGUGUCCAUCCCCCAACUCUUCUCCAGAAAACUUUGAGGUGUAGAGAAGUAACGGAGGCCGCUGGACAACAAGGUUCACUGAGCACUCGGCGCUGAUUAUGUUUGACUGUCCGGCGUUUAACCACCUGAAGGACGUGUAGGCGCACCGAACAGUUAAACGCCAAGUUUGAAUUCAUUGGUAGGAGCUCAGCCCCCCUCAGAGUUGCCACGUAUGCAAUCCUCUGUAUCUGAGGUGCAUUACAAGGAGCCUGUAUCUUAAUUAACCUUCUCUGUGUGGUUAAUGUGAAACCUUUUGUGGCUUAAUUAAGAUGUUUUUUAAUGAUGUAAAGCAGGAGGAAGACAGUUCCCACACAGAGAAACAAACGUUACAACCAGUCCAAGUUUAUCUUGCUCUCAGAUCCUGUGAACGUUGGUGCAGUCGGUCGCUUAUUUAAUUCCCGUUCUUCCACUGUUUGGAAGACCAAAAAUCUCUUCUUCUAUUUUCUAAGAAAAAUAAAGGCAGUAAUUUAGCAGGAAAAGUGUUUUUCACUCUGACGCCUUAUCGUGCUCCUCGUUUUAGCCUUACACACUUCUCCUCCGUUCACUUCCUCACAGCUCAGUUGUGAUGACUUCUAUCGUGCCUUGUUUUCCCAGUCGAGUUGCGUUGUAGCACGUCUGCCGCUGGUACGCCGCACCGUGUGCAGUAACAUCGCCCCGCGUGGCCGCCAGUGCGACGACAUCAGAAGAACAAUAAUCGAUACGCAGCCUGUUUUCUACCUUCUGUUGUCCCACUUACCUCAUACGAGUUUUCCCACGGCUUGCAAAACCUUUACGACUGUCUUAAACCUUUAUUUUUUUAUUCCAAAAACAUGAUUUUGUUCUUUAUGUUUCUUUAAACUUCCUUUUAAACCUCAGUAAUUGAUGUGCUUUUUAAGAAAAGAGAAAAACAGCUGAAUGGCUCUGGCUGUACGUAUAAAUAUUCUGUCAAAGUAACCCUAUCUAAUCGCAGCAAA